AUGACUGAUUUGAUCUCGAUUUUGCCUCCCGAAUCAUUCAGUACAUCUUCUCGUUUAUCGGACAGCGGGCUGUGUCGAAUGUGUGAAAUCACCUGUGGUCUUUCUGAUAUUCAUUGCUGGGAUGUCUUGGCACGCAACCAAUUCACACAGCUGACAAGUUUGGGGUUGACGGACAUCACUGGUAUGUCAAGCGAAGAUUGGUCCCAGAUUUUGCUCAUGCAGCAACAAAAUGAGAUCUUGGAAGUUGGAAAUCGCGCUGGAAUAACGCAGUAUCUGAACAGCAUUAUCGCAACCAUCGGUUUAGCUCCGUGCCGCCACCACAGAGAGUUGGGUUCGGAUGACAUUUAUGCUAACUUGAAUACUCCUUGA